AAUGCAGCAGAGGCGGGUGGGGGCUCUGUGACACAUGCUGAGUGACUGGAGAGGUGUGGAGAUUUGCACGUUAUAGGAACAAGGGAAGAUCCAACGACCGCAGCACAACACCUGAAGAUAGAGGAGUUAUCAGGUCUCCUCAUAUCAGUGCAUUCUUUCCACAGCCCUCACUUUGGUCUAUGUGCUGGGUUUGAUUCAGUAAAUAUUUGACCAGGACUCAGCAUAACAAGAGGUAACAAAAGACAACUGGAGGCAUUCUUUUACCCUAGACUUUGAACUUCACAUGAGGACUUGAUAUUUUUCUUAUCAACGCCAGAGGAAGCAGAUCUUUUUCGCUUUCUUUACAGAACAAACUGAUAUAUUUGUCUUCUUAAACUUAUUGCUUUGGCCUGUGGACUUUGGGGCACAAAAAGGGAGGAGAUGGGAAGAUGGGCCUUACGUCUCUCUUUGGCUUUGGGCAUUUUCACCUCCCUGUUCACCAUCUCUUCAGCUGAUGAGAACUACUGUUUUGCUGCACGGGCCAAAAGCUGCUCCGAAUGUCUUCAGGCCGGAGUGGGAUGUGCCUACUGCCCCGAUGAGACAUUUAAUGGGCCUCGCUGUGACCUGUACAAGAACAUCCUGGCCCACGGCUGCAGUGCUGCGGCGAUCAUCACGGCCAAGAGCUCCAUGUCCAUAGAUAUGAAAAACCGCAUCGACAUGGGCUUGGCUAAGUCGCAGGUGACUCCGCAGCAGGUGACCAUGAGCUUCCUGCCUGGAGAAGAGAAGUUUCUGGACGUGGAAGUCUUCUCUCCUCUAAAAGGCCCUCUGGAUCUCUACAUCCUCAUGGACUUCUCCAACUCCAUGGCCGACGAUUUGGACAACCUCAAGAAGAUGGGCACGCAGCUGGCGUCGUUGGUGGGUGAGCUCUCAGACGACUACACCAUCGGCUUUGGAAAAUUUGUAGACAAAGUGAUCGAGCCCCAGACGGACAUGAGACCGUCCAAACUUGCUCAGCCGUGGCCCAACAGCGACCCUCCCUUCUCCUUUAAAAACGUGAUCAGACUGACCAACGACCUGUCCUUCUACAACAGUGAGCUGCAGAAAGAGAGAAUAUCAGGAAACCUCGACGCUCCGGAGGGAGGGUUUGAUGCUAUUCUACAGGCUGCAGUCUGUACGGAUAAGAUCGGCUGGCGUCCACUGAGCACCCACCUCCUGGUCUUUUCCACCGAGUCGGCCUUCCACUACGAGUCAGACGGGAUCAACGUUCUGUCGGGAAUCCUCAAACGCAACGAUGAGGCGUGUCACUUGGACGCCACUGGGAAGUACACCGAGGAUACCAGCCAGGACUACCCCUCUGUGCCCACGCUGGUGCGAGUACUGGGAGAAAACAACAUCAUCCCCAUCUUUGCUGUCACCAACCACUCGUACACCUAUUACGAGGAAUUGAAAAAAUAUUUCCCCAUAGCGGAGGUGGGGCUGCUGCAGGAGGACUCCGGUAACAUCCUGGAAGUCAUGUCCAUGGCUUUUCAGCGCAUCCGCAGUAAAAUGAGUAUCCGUGCAGAGAAGCCCAAAGCGUUUGAGGCACAGUUCUUGAAGACCAGUGGAGAGAUCGCACAGUACGGGGCCUUUGACUUCAAAACAGGGGCCAUUGGUAAGUUCAAAAUGCGUCUGAAAGCCCAGCAGAAGGUGGGCGAGAAUCCGGUGUGCCAGUCCUCCUUAGACGACAGAGCGGGAAACGUCAAAGUCAAACCCACGACCUUCAACGACGCAGUGAACGUCCAGGCCACCGUGCUCUGCCCCACCUGUGACUGCGAGAAGGCACCGAGUGUUGCCUCACCGAGAUGCCAUGGUAACGGAGACCUUGUGUGUGGAAAGUGCCAGUGUUACGACGGCUGGGUGAGCACGUACUGUAACUGCUCGGCACGCUCCUCCGCUCUAGACACCAGCCUGUGCAUCGGGCCCGACUCCACCGAACCCUGCUCUGGCCGAGGGGACUGUCUGGAGUGUGGACAGUGUGUGUGCUACAAUCCCGAUCAGUUUGAGGGGCCCUACUGCCAGUACGACAAGACACAGUGCCUGCGCUUUGGAGGGUUCCUGUGCAAUGACCGUGGCUCCUGCAUCAUGGGCCGCUGCGUGUGCACUGAGGGCUGGGGUGGAGACGCCUGUGAAUGUCCCAUCAGCAACUCCACCUGUUUGGACACCAGUGGGGGCCUCUGCAACGGACAAGGCGAGUGUGUCUGCGGCCGUUGUGUCUGUUCAAACACCGGGCUCGGAAUGACAUCCACAUGUGAGGCCGACUUCCAGGCUCUGCUCGGAGCUUGUGAGGCCACCAGGACUUGUGUUCAAUGCCAGGCCUGGAAAACUGGUGAGAAGAAGGAGCAAGCCGAGUGUGACAAGUGCCCCUUCAGAAUUGUCAAAGUGGAGGAACUCAAGAAACCUGAAACAGUACUAGACUCGUGCAGUUUCCGUGAUGAAGAAGACGACUGUACUUACUACUACACUGUGGACAACUCUAAGACUGCUGUGGGAGGUUUGGAGGUUCAAGUGCUCGAGAAAAAGGAGUGCCCCCCGGCCAGCCUCCUGUGGCUGCUGCCUUUGCUGCUGUUCCUGCUGCUGCUCCUGGCCCUGCUCCUGCUGUGCUGCUGGAAAUACUGCGGCUGGUGCAAAAGCUGCUGCGCGGGUUGCCUCGCUUUGCUCCCAUGCUGCAAAGGCGGCCGCAUGGUUGGUUUCAAAGAGGACCAUCUUUCAUUCCUCCAGUCCCAGGUGGCCGGCCCCAACCACCUGGACACUCCCAUGGUGCGGACUGGCCCACCCAAAGGCACUGAUGUGGUGCGCUGGAAAGUUACGGACAACGUGCACCGCGGGCCCAACCACCCACUGGCCCUGAUCAAGCCCAACCCCAGAGAGAACAUCCCGUUCCCAAUCUCCCUGCGGCUCAACAGGCAGUUCUCAGAAAGCCUCAACUAUCCUGUUUCUAAAGACGGUGAGCAGCUACGCAAAGACGUCUCUGACAAUUUAAAUGAGGUUUACAAGCAAAUCCCUGGAGUCCAGAAAGUGCAAAAGACCACCUUCAGAAAACAGAAAAAUGCAGGAAAAAGACAAGAAAACAUCAUCAUGGACACGGUGCUGACAGCCCCUCGCAGCAGUUACCCCGACAUCGUCAAACUGACCGAGAAGAAUGUGCAGUCUGGAAACUUCCACAAUCUGUCAGUGGUGCCAGGAUACUACACUGUGGCCACAGACAGAGAGGCGACUGGGGCAGUGGAGUUCCAGGAGGGAGUGGAGUCUCUGGAUGUGCACGUGCCUCUGUUUGUGAAGGACCAGGAUGAAGACGAGAAGAAGCUGCAGGUGGAGGCUCUGGACGUCCCUCUGGGCAUUGCCGAGAUCGGGAAGAAAUUUGUCAACAUCACCAUAACCAAGGACCAUGCCCCGAGCAUCUUCACUUUCCUCCAGGACAACUACACGUACAGCAGGAAGGACGGAGUGGCCAACAUUCCCAUUGCCAGGGAGAUCAGAGAGGACGGACGCGCUCAGGUCUCCUACCGCACCACAGAUCACACCGCCAAGGAUAAGAAGGACUAUAUAACAGUUGGAGGAGAUCUCACUUAUGCUCCUGGAGAGACCCAGAAGUUUGUCCCAGUACGUCUGCUGGAGCUGACAGAGAAAGACGGCCUCCUGGAAGACAAACAGAUCAAGAAAUUCUACAUGGACCUGGUCAGCCCUCAGCACGGUGCUAAGCUAGGACGCUACCCCAGGACCACUGUGACCAUUGCUGACUUACCGGAAUCCAGCCAGGUGAUGUUCAAGAACCCCAGCCAGACCUUUUCCACCGCCGACCCCGUCUACAAAAUCCCUGUCAUCCGCACUCAUAACCCGGGAACUCCGGCUACGGUCAGGUGGCGCACCAAGAAGGCCCAGCGCUUCGAUCUGUCUGGAACACUCAAGUUUGACCCUAAAGAGACAGAGAAGGACAUCGUGAUCAACCCCAAUACUUACCCAGGUCCAAUCAAGCCUGAGAACUUCCAACUGGAGCUGCAUGAUCCAGGAAACAACGCGACGCUAGGAGAGAGGAGGAGCACCAUGGUUCAUAUCACUGAUGGAGCUCCAGAGAUCGACUCGAUGCAGAAGAUGGGCUUCAUAAACCAGAUGGCCACGUCCCCGGGCGGGCAUGUCCUGGCUCCUGGCAACCCAAGAGCCAAGGCCACGGGACCGAAGAGCAUCCGCCUCAACUGGGACCCCCCGCCAGGAAACCCCAUGGGCUACAAGGUGAAGUACUGGAUCUAUGGAGACCCAGAGAAAGAUGCCACAGUGCUGGAUGUGAAGACUCCUCAGGCUGAGCUCACAAACCUGUACCCGUACUGCGAUUAUGAGAUGAGAGUAUGCGGCUACAACGCCCUGGGAGAUGGAUACGACACUGACAUCGUGCCCUGUCAGACUCUGGAAGAUGUACCCGGUGAACCAGGACGUCUCGCCUUUAACGUGAUCAGUCCCACUGUGACUCAGCUGAGUUGGGCAGAGCCUGCAGAGACCAACGGCAACAUCACAGCCUAUGAGGUCAUCUACACACCAAUCAAUGACGACUUAAAGCCUGUGGGUGCAGCCAAGAAAGUCUAUAUUGACAACCCAAAGAAACGCAUGCUGCUCAUCGAGAACCUCCAGACUGCUCAGACCUAUCAGUACAAAGUCAGAGCCAAGAACAAAAUGGGCUGGGGCCCCUUCAGAGAUGCCACCAUCAAUCUGGCCUCGCAGCCUGCCAGACCUCUGUCUAUCCCCAUCAUCCCAGACAUCCCCAUAGUGGACGCAGAGGCAGGAGACGAGUACGACAGCUACCUCAUGUACACCAACGAGAUGCCCAAGACUCCCGGAGGCUCGAAGACCCCCAGUAUGUCUGGAGAUGAUUUCACGAUGAAUGGAAAAUGGGAUCAGAAUUUCCUUUUCCCGGGAGGUUCACCAUCACGUAACCUGUCAUCUUCCUCCUCCCCCAUGUCCACAAUGAACUCCAGCUACAGAACGGGCGGGGGCUCCUACACCUCUGACACCACCACCACGUACAUGACAGGACCAGGAGGAACCCGUAGAACUGAGAUGAUCGGAGGAGGUGGACUGACGACCACAGAUGUCAUAAUGAGGAAACGCUCUGAGACCAGACCCUACACUGACGAGAAUAUCCGAGACUCGAUUGUCAUGGGAGAGGUGUCCAGCAACUUACCUGACCUGGGUGGCUUCAGCGGCUUCAGUGGUUUGGCGGGGACUCAGAGCUCCCCUCAGGGCCAGUUCAGCUACAGCCUCUCCCCGGGUUCAAGGACCAGGAGCGAGUCCGCAGAGGUCAGCCGGGCCCUGUACAGUCUGGACAGGGUGCUCCACGAUGCCCGUUCCCCAGGUGUCCCCGAAACUCCCAGCAGACUGGUAUUCUCCGCGCUGGGCCCCACGGCGCUCAAAGUCAGCUGGCAGGAGCCUCACUGCGAGAAAGAUAUCCUGGGAUACUGCGUGCUCUACCAGCUGCUCAGUGGAGGCGAUGUGAAGCGUGUGAACGUGACAAACCCAGCGGAGAACUCGGUCAUCAUCCAGGACCUUCUGCCCAACCACUCGUACCUGUUCAAAGUGAAGGCCCAGAGCCAGGAGGGCUGGGGUCCCGAGAGAGAGGGGGUCAUCACCAUAGAGUCUGCAGUGGACCCCCGCAGCCCCCUCAGCCCUGUGCCAGGCUCUCCAUUCACCCUGAGCACCCCCAGUGCUCCAGGACCCCUGAUUUUCACCGCUUUGAGCCCAGACUCCCUGCAGCUGAGCUGGGACAAACCCAGGAAGCCCAACGGAGACAUCCUGGGCUAUGUGGUCACCUGUGAACAGCUGCACGGUGGAGGAGAUGUGCGUUCCUUCCAGGUGAAUGGUGACAGUUCAGAGACCAGUCUCACUGUUCCAAACCUGACAGAGAACGUUCCCUAUAAGUUUAAAGUCCAGGCCCGAACCACUCAGGGCUUUGGUCCAGAGCGAGAGGGCAUCAUCACCAUCGAGUCUCAGGAUGGAGGAGCUCUGUCACAGUAUAACAACCAGUCCAUAACCAGGAGAGAAGUGUUCCAGCUGCCCACGGAGGUCAGCACACACACCAACGUGUCCCACGCCAUGAUCAACGAGCCCUACUUCUCAGACGGGAUGAUGAUGACCACUCAGCGCACAGAGACCAGUGGCAUGGUGACCCGACACGUGACCAAAGAGGUGGUUCAGAGGAGCGUCGUGGGCGGGACCUCAGUCACCAAAAAGAUGUACUACGAGUCCUAAACGACGCUAUUAUUUAUCUACCCGCUGAGGAUUUAUACGUAACACUUUGUAAUAACUACAUCUUAAUUAGUCUUAAGAAAGCGUGAACAAAGGUGUAAUUCAUAAUGUACAAACAGUUUAUUAGUAAUUAUUUUGUAACUACUUAAUUAAAGGGGGUUUGAAUAAGGUAUUAAGUAGUUACUAAGCCUGAAUCAUUGUUAAAGUGCAUAUGACACUGUAAUUUUGAUUUAAUUUGGUGGGAUAAUACCCUCUGGUCGACUAAAGACAUGUCCUGAUCAUUAAUUAGUCGACUAAAAAUGGGGAUUUAUAAAGAAAUAGGUACUAGGAAACAGUGUACUAAUAUAAAGAUGGGUUAAUCUUGUGAGUUAUGAGUAUAGUUUUCCACUAUCUCACUCCUCACUUCUCCUUUCUGCUGUUUUCCCAUAUACAUCAUUAUAAAACCGUAAAAUAAGUCUACUAAUACAGAUUUUGGUUGACUAAGACUGAUUAAUCAACUGAACAGCCAUAGAUAGCACCAAUCAAGAAGCAAUUUGCAAAGAAAAGUUGAAAAAUAUGUAAAAAAUAACAGGACAAAGAGAGUUGAUGUCGCACUAGGAAGAAUUUUGUCAAACAUUUAGCCACAAUUUACACGCAAGAAACCAUUUUUUUCUUAAAUGUUAUAUAUUUUGUUAUAUUUUUAUUUCUGUGUUCUGUGUAUGACAUGGCAACGUAAGACUCCCCUAGCGUGAUGUCACCAUUUCCAAUCAGGAAGUCAAAUUUUAAACCUAAUAAAUGGUGUAACUGGGGGAAAAAAAUGUAAAAUUUUCAGGAAAAUCUUAAAUUAACUGUGUUUUAGUAAAAAUGUGUGGUCUAAACUGUCAAAGCUAUGUGUUUAUUAUGUAUUGAGUCUUUGCUCGUACUUUAAGGCUUGUAAAUAUGUAGUUAUUAUGAAGUGUUACCAAUUAAUUUUAUUCUUAAACUACAGAUUAUGACUGCAGCCACUCCCAAUGUUAUUUAUUGUCAAGUUCAAUGCAGCCGGUGUAAUAUUAAGGCGUAGGCUAUGCACUGGAUGUUACUGUUACAAACUGUUACUUGCAAACAUCAUUCAUUUUCAAGCAAAUGCACACUCCAGUCUGUUCACAUUGUUAAGCCAUGGCUGAGCUCCCCCUGUGGGUGAGAUGUGGUAUGACUCUGUCUGAUGGUUCACCUGAGGGCAGCAGUAAUCUGAGCAGGCUUCACUGAUCCAAAGUCACCUUCUGUGCAGGAUGCAUUCUUUGCCUCUUUUCUGUCGUAAACAACCGGGAUUUCAACACUUUUUAUACUGAGGGUUUAAAUCAAAUAUAUUUUACACAGAUAAAUCACAAUAAGGAAUCACAGUUUCAUAUAGUUCUAGUGCAUAUGGUUUUCAUGUUUUUCUGAUUAUGACUUGGUUUGGUGGGAUAGUGCCUGUGUUUGUGUAAGUAUUUAUCAUAGUUUUACAUCAGUUACGUGAAAAAAGUGCAAAAAUACAGGAAUUAGCGGAGUCCCAAAACAGAUUUCCUCUACCUAUGUCUCCAACACGAAAAAUGUCACCUAAAAUGCAGAAAAUUAAGGCGUUUUUCUGACAAAUUAAGGCGUUUUCAUGUAUUUUUAUUAGUCUAAUGGUGAUGUUGUUAGCUAUAUCUUAGUAAAAUGAAAAGUCUAACCUGUCGUAUACCACUUAAUGAUGUAAAACUAUGAUAAAUACUUACCACAGGUGCUAUCCCAAAGGACUGUAAAAAAGAAUUUGUACAUAGAGGGCUGUAUAUGUAGUUUAGUUCUGUAUUCCUAAGGCUGCCAUCAGUGUAAAGCCAAAUACAGACUGCAAUGCAAUUUCUACUGAUAAUACUGAGAUAAUAAUUAUGUAAAGUACCACAAAUGUAUUGCUUUUUUAAAGACUUUUUAUACAUACUGUUAAGCUGAUGCAUUUCAUUUCUUCUCGUCUUUCCCUGCAGCCUACCAAAUGUAUUUUUACAGCAUUUCAAUAUUACCACAUUGAUAUUUGUAUUGUAUAAAAUUGUAUUGUGGUGUAUGAACUGAUCUAGAAUUGUUUUGCAGACUGAACAGAGGAAAAUGUCUUUGCAUUCAUGGUUAUAAGUAACACAUCAAUAACUUUUUGCAGUUUUUUAUUUGUUGGCACUUUUAUUGCACUUCUAAAGAGUUUAAUAAAAUCUCACGUUAUUAAAAAAUAAA